AAUUAAAUAUUUUUUAAUAUACCUAAAAUUGGCGACCCUGCCAGGAGAAAUUUUUAACAAAGAUAAAAUUUAGAAACGUGAAAAUCGCUUUCGAGGACAUUUGUCGAAAUUGAAUUCGACAACGGCUACAAUAACAAAAGCAACCACAAAUUAUUACAACUCUUACGAACGCGAUACGGCGCGUCCAACAACAUUUUUGAAAACAAUAACGACGACGAAUAGACGCGGCGAUUUUAUUGUAUUGCAUUAAGAUUGCAAAGAAUUUUUGCAUUGCAUCUAAUUAGCGAAUACAAAUGAAAACGUCGCUUGUGAACGCGUCCGAUUUCGACUACUCCAGUCGCCCCGUGUACGAGGGCGAAUAACGGCGCACACUUCAGCAAUACGAGCAGUCUCAGCUGCAACAGCAGCAUCAGGAGCGAUUGCAAGCAGAGCAAGACGACGGGCAACAGCUCCAUCAGCAGCAACAGCAACAGCAAGAAGAACAGGAACGAGAACGAGAGCAGCAACAACGCAAACAUCAAUCGCCAUUUGUGCAGCAACAUCAUUAUCAACAACAAUAUUUGCGUCAGCAUCGUUACCACGACGACAAUCAGUCACAACAGAGGCAACAAAAGCAACAUAAGCAGACAUCACGACAACAACGCCAACAGGAAAGUUCUGCCGUUGCCACAUCGACAAUUGUCUAUUAUCAUCCAUCCUCAUCGCGUUUAAAGCACUCGCCAAGUAGUUUUGCUGACGCUGAACAACAACAACAAGUACAAAAUAUCAACAAAUGUCACAGAAACAGCAGUCGCAAUUAUAGUCGGCCGUAUAGAAGCAGCAACAGCCACCAACAUCCGUAACCUUAACAACAACCACAAAACAUCCAGUCUUUAAACCGUCACCAAUCAAAACAUCUAAAUAGAUAAGUUUAUGUUAGCGUAGUUUAGUUGUGUUAAAUUUUACACUUAGACAAUUUUAUUUUAUUUUAUUUUUUUUAAAUACAAAGAACAGUUUAUUUUUUUGUAAACCUUCUUCCAAUAUGUUGCGUUCUCCUCAAGAAAAAGGUGCUGGGGAUAGACUUGGUAGGUCUCUGAUUGAUAUUGAAGAUCCCUGUGAGGUGUCACAAGAUAAUAUACGUAAUCCGUAUGACAGGUCUGAAAUUUGUGCUACUUCGGUAAAAUUACCACAAUUUUGGUCUAACUGCCCUGAAGCAUGGUUCGUGCAUGCCGAGAUGCAAUUUGCUACAAAGGGAAUUAGUAGGGAUUCGACCAAGUACGAGUUCGUUAUAACUGCCUUGCCUCAAGAAGUUAUUGCGAAUGUACUUGAUGUUAUACAAAAAAAAGUUCUCAUUGACCGACAUUCUUUAAGCGAGCAGAGAAGACUUGAUAAAAUUUUGUCAGAUACUGAGAUAGGGGAUCGCAGACCUUCCGAGUAUUAUAGGACCCUUGGUCAGUUAGCGGGUAGCACUAUAGACCCGAUUUUCUUAAAAAAUAUUUGGUUGCGGAAACUACCUAAAAGUUUGUAUGUUGCAUUAACCAGCGCUAAUUUAAAUAAUAUUAAUGAUCUUUUGCAACUCGCAGAUAAAAUUUGGGAAAUUACCAGUGGUAGUGAAAUUUGUGCUGUUAAAAGUAAAGUACUUACUUCUUCAAAUAAUUUUGAUGGCUUAGGGAAAAUUGUGGAAGAUUUAGCGAAGGUUACGACGAAAAUGUGUGAAAGUUUUAAUCGUUUGCAGUUGGACAUUAAUGAGAUUAAAACGCAAAUAUAUGAUAGACCAUCACGAUCAAGAAGGAGGUAUUUUAGUAAUAAUAAAAACUCCCAGUCACGUAGUAAGUCUCAAUCUAAAAAUUGGGUCUGUCGGUACCAUUUCCGUUUUGGUAGUAAAGCACGUAAGUGUGAAGAACCGUGUGCCUUUAAAAGAAAUAAUUCUGACUCGACAAACUAGGACAUGCUGUUGUUGCAGCGACU